UCAAUUUAACUUGAGCUCGUUUGAAACGAUUAAAUAAAAAAAAUGAAAACAGAACGAUCAUGAUUUCGAUUACCUUUAUGGCACUAUCACAACCGGUAUAUAUUACUAAAGUGUUACUACGUCUUUGUCCAUUUCUCACUUAUAAGUUGUAUUUUAUUAACUAUUUUUUUUCGUUAUAUACGGCUCGAAAAUUGUAUUUUUUCUUUGCAGUCCUAGCAUGAUUUCACAGAGCAGCGGGUAUUUCGGAAUUGACUUGUAUAA